ACGCCGAUCACAUGACGCCCUGUCAACAUCCAACAUGGCUGACGCGGACAGCCAGCGAUGUGUGAGCGCUUUAUUGAACGGAAUCACACAGAGACUUUAUUACGGCAAUACAGAAAUCACAGAGGAGUUUCUGAAGAAUGAGCUCUACGCCGAGACGACGCAGGACGAGUUCCGCGCGCUGCAUGACAAGAUGAGGUCGCUUCUCAAGUCCAUGGCAUCAGCGGACAUGGAUCAGACUCAGCUGGAAGCGUUCCUCACGGCGCAGACGCGCAGGCAGGGUGGCGGCGGCGUGAGCCCGGAGCAGGCGGCCGCUCUGGGACGCUUCUGGAAGACCCACCGGACGCGGGUGCGAGAGAGUCUGUUGGCUCAGAGUCGCUGGGAGCCGGGCCUCAGGGGCCUGAAGUGGAGGGUGGACCUGCACACGUCCGCCAGCAGGGGGCAGGUGUCCAACAGCCCCGUGGCACUGGUGGAGCUAGAGCUCGGCCGCACCGGAGAGAGCUCUGAGUUUGUGUGUUUGGAGUUUGAUGAGCAGAAGGUGAAUCUGGUGCUGAAGAAGAUGGCAGAGCUUCAGGAGAGCAUCGACAGCGUCGUGCAUCGCAGCUAGAGCUUAUCUGCGUGUUCAUAGGUGUGUGUGUGUGUGAGAGAGAGAGAGAAUGUGUGUUUAAGUGCUGUAUUGUUAUUUUCAUCAUAAAUAAUCAUUGUCAAACCUCAAACUUUGAUAUCUGUGAGUUUAUUAAAAAAAAGUGUUCCUCUCA